ACUGUCAGCAGGCACACACUUCUGGAUGUGAGAGACAAGCGUUGCACCAGUGGCAUCAGCAUCCACCUGCUCGUCCGGCUUCCAGCUUCAUCAUGUUCCCCGUAGUGGUGGAAAACAUCUACCUCCUGGUCAUCAUCACCCUCAUCAGCGUGCUUCAGAAUGUUUUCUUUGCUCAGAAGGUGGAGAGGGAGUGCAAGGGUAAGAACGGCCAAACAUCUGCUUUUGAGCGAGUCUCUUGCGCCAACCGUAACUGCAUGGAUGCCUAUCCCACCUUUCUGGCGGUGAUGUGGUGCGCUGGUCUGUGUCUCAGUCAAGCUCCUGCCGCCUUUGCCGGGAUCAUCUACCUUAUGGUCAGGCAGAAGUACUUCAUCGGAUACUUGGGACAAACCUCUCAAAGCACGCCAGGCUACCUGUUUGGAAAACGUAUCAUCAGCUUCCUGUUCCUGAUGUGCGUCGUGGGCAUCUUCAACUUCCUGCUGACACGCUACUACGGCAGCGACUACAAAGAAUACGUGGAGACCAUCACCAGCGCUGCAUCCGCCCUCCUCCUCCUCCCUUAGAUCAGCACGUGCCCUAAAACCUGACCCGUUGCGUUACUUUUGUAAAAGCAUUUAUUGCAUUGGAGGUUGGAUUACAAAAAAAUAAUGAUAAUAAUAAAAUCUUCUCAUAAGCAAA